CGAAAUAAUCAUAAAUGCCUUGCAGGAAAGGAAAACGUAGUGACAGAGGAGAAUUGUCAUAACAGUAGGAGAAAGCUUUGGGAGAAUUGUUGAUAGUCGGAAAUUAGAAAGAAGAGUUGAAAGGAAAUUAGCAAGAGAAUAGUUGGAUUGAAUCGCCAUUUUAGAGGAAAAGACCUCAGGAACAACGAUAGAAGAUAGGAUCGAAAGUAAUUGCUACAGGAAGAGAAUCCUAGCAUAAAUAAGCGACACCACUAGUGUAAGUUGAAUUUGUUUGAAAUAAUUAUUGUUGAUGUUGAAUAUGAAUUAAAUUUCAGUUUAAAGCUACACAAAAAUAGACAGAGUGUUGCUAAAAACUCGGUGUCCGAAAUCUGAAAUUUCUACGCCAACAAACUUUAAAACUAGUGUCGCGAUGGAUACGCGUGCUGAUACCGAUCCGACGACGCCGAUAACAGGAAGGUCGGGAAGCUGCGUUAAUUGUUCGCGCCCCGACGAGUACGACAAUUUCGUACAAUGCGAUAAAUGCGAUGCUUGGUGGCAUAUGAGUUGUGCAGAGGUCACACCGACGAUUGCGGAACGGCCUUGGACGUGCCGCAAAUGCCUGCCUGUUCAGGUUACAUCUCAUGCUGGCUCAUCGACAGGAGCAAUGUCCAAUGCUUCGGCUCGAGCAACAUUGAAGUUAAAGCUGAUGGAGGAAGAACGUGAAAUACAGAGGCGUGAGUUCGAGUAUGAAAAAGAGAUGCUACGGAAAAAGUACGAGAUUCUGGAACAGCAGCUAGAAGAAACCGAAAGAAAAAGCGGUCGAAGUCGGAUAAGCAGGAAGACCAGUAUGGAACAGGUACAACAGUGGGUAGCGAAACACGGAGUUGGUGUCGAUGCUGCGGGAGAUCAACAGAAAGGUCCGGGCGUGAUCAGAAAGCCAGCUGGGACUGAAAAGGAGAAACAUCAUGAGGACGUUCAGCCAGCAGUAAAACCACUGGAGAAGGGACAGCUGUGUGAGCCACAACGGAAGCUUCAGCAAUUCGAAAUUCAUCGGGUAGAUCUCCCCAUGGCCAGUGGAGUUAUUUCUGGAGCAGUUCCGAAAACAUAUGCGAAGGAAACAGGUAGCAUAAAACCACCCAUCCCCCCACCGGUAAGCAAGCGUAACUAUCCAGCCCUCGUGCCCCCCGAAAUACCACAAGGUAAGCCACAUGUAAAUCCACAUUUUGAUGCAAUAAAAGCACGCACUACACCACUGAUAGGUGAGAAUUAUUAUGAGAAAAUGAUUUCCAAAUUUGGGACAACUGACCUCGUACAAGAUCCUUUAUGCUCAAGGUCAUUCCGCGAUGAAAUUUCACACGUUCACGAUACAACAGCAUGCUUGGACCCAGGUUUAUCACACCCUAGGAACAACCAUGAAAAUUUUGUCCCUUUACAAAAUAUUGGAGGAGUCUCACAGAACAAUAUGAACUCCCACUGUCAAUUGAACGCGUUUGCACCGCGCGAUAUUCAGCUACCCCCUCAUCUAGUACCCACCCCCUCGCAGCUGGCAGCUCGUCAAGUACUUCCUCGCGAUUUGCCUUUCUUCGGCGGAGAUCCGGAAGAUUGGCCGAUCUUUAUCAGCAGUUUCUUGAAUUCAACUGUCGCGUGCGGAUUUAAUAGCGCAGAAAAUCUCGCGCGACUCCAAAGGUGUUUGAAAAGUGUUGCUUACGAGUCCGUGAAAAGUCGCCUUCUCCUUCCUGAAUCAGUGCCGCAUGUGAUCAACACACUAUACCUCCUUUAUGGACGUCCGGAACUACUAGUCAAUACCCUACUGGAAAAGGUUCGUGCAGUGCAACCACCGAAGGCGGAGAAACUCGAAACAUUAAUCGAAUUCGGGAUGGUGGUUCAAAGUCUUUGUGACCACCUGGAAGCAGCCGGUCAACAGGCGCAUCUGUCAAAUCCUUCCCUACUAAUGGAAUUGGUGGGAAAACUACCAGCACACACAAAAUUGGAGUGGGCCACCUUCAUGCAACAAUUUCCUGAGGUAAAUCUGAAAACGUUCGGGAUGUUCAUGAGUGGAAUAGUGGUUUCAGCAAGUAAGGUUACGUUAUAUUCAGGAGCGAAGGUCCAGAAGAAGAGUGAUACAGCAGAUCGUCCGAAACAUAGAUUGGGGGCCUCCAUAAACGCGCACGCGCUUGAACCAGAACCUGAAUCGGGAACAGAACGUUCUUGCUACGUAUGCAGAAGGCAAGAUCAUCGAGUUCGUGAUUGCAGCACCUUUCGAACAUUGUCAAUAGACGAUCGGUGGAAAGCGAUACAAGAGCAUGCAUUGUGUCGCAGUUGCCUUAAUUCGCAUGGCAGAAGAGCCUGCCGGAAUACAAACCCAUGCGGAGUAGCUGGUUGCCGUUUUCGCCAUCAUCCUCUACUGCACUCAAGUCGUUACGAUCGAGCUAUGGAGAGCGCUGAGAUAGCGGGUAAUCACACACACAGUCUGUCCGAACAACAACUGCUGUUUCGCAUUCUACCAGUGACAAUUCAUGGUCCUCGAAAGGCAGUCACUGUAUACGCGUUCCUGGAUGACGGUUCGUCAAUUACACUAGUGGAGGAGUCAUUGAUGAAGGAUCUCGAAUUGACGGGGGAAAGAGUACCCUUAUGUCUUACGUGGACAGGUAAUGUGACACGUAUGGAAGCGGACUCCCGGAAAUUACAACUAGAAGUGUCACGAUUAAAUAAUUCGAAGAGAUUAUCUCUGCGCGACGUUCGUACUGUGAAAAAGUUGGCAUUACCGGGGCAGUCGUUGUGUCCCGAGGAGUAUUCGGCAAGAUAUCGGCAUCUGAGAGGAUUGCCAUUAGUGGGUUACGACAAAGCAGUCCCCCAACUACUAAUUGGUCUCAACAAUCUUAAGCUGACCGUGCCGUUGAAGGUCAGGGAAGGAGACAGUAAUGAUCCAAUCGCUGUGCAAACACGUCUAGGAUGGUGUAUCUAUGGAGGCGGUGAGAUCUCAUCGAAACAUUUUGUACAAUAUCAUGCCUGUAGCCGCGAUAAUGAUGAUGAAUUGCAUAAUAUGGUGAAGGAAUAUUUUACUUUGGAAGAUGUGGGUGCUAAAAUUGUGGACAACUUGGAGUCACCAGAGGACAAAAGAGCUAAAUGGAUGUUAGAACAGACGACGAAGCGGGUCGGAAAUAGAUACGAGACAGGCCUCCUGUGGAAGCGUGAUGAUGUGAAACUUCCGGAUAAUUACGACAUGGCGCUAAGGCGGCUUGAAUGUUUGGAACGACGAAUGCAGAAGGACUUGCUGUUGAAGAAAAGUCUACAUGAACAAUUGGCCGAAUAUCAGGCCAAGGGCUACGCGCAUCGGGCUACUCAGAAAGAGUUGAGUUGCGCUGAUCCAGAUCGGAUUUGGUACCUCCCCUUGGGAGCGGUAACAAACCCGAAGAAACCGGGAAAGGUGCGGCUAAUCUGGGAUGCGGCGGCGAUGAAGAAUGGAAUGUCGCUUAAUACGCUUCUACUCAAAGGACCCGACCAACUCACAUUGUUACCGUCAGUACUGAUGCGGUUUAGACAAUACCCGGUGGGUGUCUCGGCCGAUAUUAAGGAGAUGUUUCACCAGAUCUUGAUUUGCCCUCGUGAUCGACACUCGCAGCGGUUUUUAUGGCGUAGCAAGCCAAGUGAGGCACCUUCAGUUUUCCUCAUGGAUGUAGCUACAUUCGGGUCUUCAAGUUCACCUUCAUCUGCUCAGUUUAUUAAAAACAAGAACGCACGCGAAUUCAUUGAUUUAUACCCUCGUGCAGUGCAUGCUAUACUGACUAACCAUUAUGUGGACGACUAUUUGGAUAGUUUCCAAUCCGCGGAAGAAGCCAUUGAAGUUUCUAACCAAGUGAAGAUGAUCCACUUAAAGGCUGGAUUCGACCUGAGAGGUUGGCAGUCCAAUGUGGUAACGGUGCUUAAAAGCUUGGGCGAAAAUGAAGUGGAGGAGAAGGAACACCGCUUCCUGGAUAAAACCCAACAAUAUGAACGUGUACUCGGAAUGCUAUGGCGAACUGAAUGUGACAUGCUUUGUUUUUCGACUCCGAUUAAUGCAGAAAUUCAACAACUUAUAAACAACGACAAUCGACCAACUAAAAGACAGGUCUUGAAAUGCUUGAUGAGUUUCUUCGAUCCCCUUGGAUUGCUGAGCUGUCUUUUGGUUCAUGGCAAAAUCCUUCUGCAGGAGAUAUGGCGCACCGGAAUACAGUGGGACCAAGAAAUCACGACGGAGGCCUGGCAACGAUGGCGAAAGUGGUCUGAAGCUCUUAGGGAGGUUGAUAAAAUCCACAUACCUAGAUGCUAUUUCGACGGGGCAAACAGCCAAUUGUAUGAUUACCUGCAGCUACACAUAUUCGUCGACGCAAGUGAAUCAGCGUAUGCUGCCGUAGCAUAUUUUCGUGUUAUUAAUACAGAUGGGAAAACAGAAUGCUCCCUCGUCGCUGCCAAAACCAGAGUAGCUCCACUGAAACCCUUGUCAAUACCCCGCAUGGAGCUGCAAGCUGCGGUAUUGGGAGUAAGGCUUAUGCAGUUCGUCUUGGAAAGCCAUACAGUGACUGUAUCUAAACGCUAUUUUUGGAGUGAUUCGGCUACGGUCCUAGCCUGGAUCCGAUCCGACCCACGCAAGUAUAAGCAAUAUGUGGCAUGUAGAAUCGGAGAAAUGUUGUCUGUAACAGACGUCAAUGAGUGGAGAUGGGUCCCAUCAAAACUGAACCCGGCCGAUCUCGCUACUAAAUGGGGCAAGACCCACCUUCUAAGUGGAGAUAACACAUGGUUUAAAGGACCUCGUUUUCUAUAUCUUGAGGUUCAAGACUGGCCCAAACAAAAUGUACAACAUCAAACUGAAGAAGAAUUACGUGUGAGUCUGAUGCACAGUGAAGUUCACAUAACUAUUCCUAUAGUCGACUUCGGGCGUUUUUCACGAUGGACCCGCUUACUAAGAUCGAUCGGAUUCGUACUACGCUUCAUCUUAAAAUUACGCAAAGAGAAUACGAUGACUUGCUACAAUCACCUAAGUCAAGAAGAACUGAAUCGAGCUCAAAAUUGUUUAUUUAAAAUGGUGCAAUGGCAAGCAUAUCCAACGGAAAUGGCAAAAUUAUCCAGCCAUAUAAGAGAUACGUCCAAUAGCCAGCAGGUGGAUCGGCAAAGCAUAAUAUACCAAUUGUGUCCCUUCCUGGAUGAAAACGGAGUUCUGCGGGCCGACAGUCGCAUAGGCGCUGCACCGCAUAUGGAUGCCGAGGCAAAGUUCCCGAUCAUACUGCCGAAGAAACAUCGAGUAACGUUUUUAAUAAUAGACGAAUAUCAUCGAUCCUUGAGACACGGUAACACGGAGACAGUUGUAAACGAAGUUCGCCAGCGGUUCCACGUUCAGCAGCUGCGGUCAUUUGUUAGACAAGUUGCACAGGCAUGCCAGUGGUGCAAGAUUAGAAAGGCCAAACCAAAUGUUCCUAGAAUGGCGCCCCUUCCGUUAGCCCGAUUAGCAUCAUUCACUAGACCGUUCACUUACGUCGGACUAGACUUCUUCGGUCCGCUGCAAGUAAAAAUCGGCAGAAGUAGUGUAAAAAGAUGGAUUGCUCUCUUCACCUGUCUCACCAUAAGGGCCGUGCAUUUAGAAGUAGCCUUCAGCAUGUCAACAGAAUCAUGUAUCCAUUGCGUUCGACGGUUCGUGUGCCGUCGAGGCUCGCCGAUUGAAAUUUACUCGGACAACGGUACAAACUUUGUAGGAGCAGAGAGACUACUGGCUGAGCAAAUAGCAGAGGGAUUGGCAGUCACGUUCACUGGAACCAAUACCAAGUGGAUGUUCAUUCCCCCUGCCACGCCACACAUGGGAGGCGCGUGGGAGCGAAUGGUGCGUUCAGUGAAGACGGCAAUGGAGACAGCAUACAACAACGAUCGUAAGUUGAAUGACGAAGCAUUGCAAACACUGAUUAUCGAAGCAGAAGCGAUUGUAAAUAGUAGACCGCUCACAUAUCUACCAUUGGAUUCAGAGGAAUCUGAAGCGUUAACGCCAAACCACUUUCUUCAAGGAAGCUCGAGCGGAAUUCGUCAACCUGCAAUGUCAGCGAUAAAUAAUACGCGUGCACUUUCGAACUCUUUGUGCAUGGUACAACAGCAGUUGGAUAAGUUCUGGAGGCGAUGGACUAGAGAGUACUUACCGACAUUGACUAAACGGCCAAAGUGGUUUGGGGAAGUGCGACCAUUAGCAGUUGGUGACGUGGUGUUGGUAGUAGAAGGAAGUAGCAGAAACAGCUGGACGCGUGGACGUGUUAAGGAAAUUGUGAGAGGAGAAGAUGGAAGAGUUCGACAAGCUUUCGUGGAUACUGCGAGGGGAGUGUUGAGAAGGGCUGCGUCGAAGUUAGCAUUGCUGGAAAUCAAUGACGAAUGUGGUAACCCUGAUACCUGUGGCCAGAGUUACGGGGGGGAGGGUGUUGCUACUGGGCGCACUGCCUCAGAUUCAUUAUCAGCGAAAUAAUCAUAAAUGCCUUGCAGGAAAGGAAAACGUAGUGACAGAGGAGAAUUGUCAUAACAGUAGGAGAAAGCUUUGGGAGAAUUGUUGAUAGUCGGAAAUUAGAAAGAAGAGUUGAAAGGAAAUUAGCAAGAGAAUAGUUGGAUUGAAUCGCCAUUUUAGAGGAAAAGACCUCAGGAACAACGAUAGAAGAUAGGAUCGAAAGUAAUUGCUACAGGAAGAGAAUCCUAGCAUAAAUAAGCGACACCACUAGUUUUAAAGCUACACAAAAAUAGACAGAGUGUUGCUAAAAACUCGGUGUCCGAAAUCUGAAAUUUCUACGCCA